AUGAGUGACCAGCUGUCCGUCUCUUCCGGGACCACAGGGGUGAUGAGCCAAGGGAGUCAUCCCCAUCCCCAGAACUACAACAUCCAACAAACCAGCCCCCAUGCCUACAACAACACCACUACGACCCCCACCUACUUCUACCCAAGCAGCCACGUACACAAUCCGCCUUCUCACCUUCUGGCCCAGAACCAUCCGUACAUCUCGUCACCGCCCAUCACAACAGGCCCUCCCCCGUCACUCACCACGAUCCUCCUGACGUCCGCCCCGCAACAGUUCGCCCAGGCCACAGAACAUCCGUUCCUCCGUCUGGCAGGGCAAGGUGCUCUUCCCAAACACACUUUGUCGCGCUGGCUCUCUCAAGACCGGCUGUACGCGCAGGCCUACAUUGGCUUCAUCGGCUCUCUCAUCGCCCGUGUUGACUUGCCCUACGUCAACGUCCCGGACAAAUCGACGUCUCUGCGCUGGCGCAUCGUGAACUGCCUGACGGGCGCCCUGCAGAACAUCCACACCGAGCUGAAAUUCUUCGGCAACACCGCGGCCAAGUACGGCCUGGAGUUAGACGCGCCCACACGCGCUGACGGGAUGUUCACCGCCGAGCAGGCCACAAAGCAAUACAUCGACCUGUUUCGCGCCUUUUGGACCGACCCCAGCAUGAGCUUGCUUGAGGGCAUGGUGGUGCUGUGGGCGACCGAGACGGUGUACCUGAGCGCGUGGAGCUACGCCAGGUCUUUUGGAGAGGAGAAGCCUUCUGUUGCCACUACUGACGUAGCCAGAGGAGAUACACAGGAGGUAACGACGACGACAACCAAAUCAGAAGGCGUCAUGUCGGAACUAGAAGGGAGCGAGGUCAACACAUUGCACAACAACGACAACGACAACGAGACGACGACCACCGGCGGCGGCGGGUGGCACGCAAAAACCGACGAACAAAGCCACGUCCCCGACGACGACGACGAGGGCAAUAACAACGAAUCCACAACCCGCCGCAACGAGCCUUCCGCUCACGCGAGCGACCUGGACGGCGGCGCCCUCCGUGACGCAUUCAUCCCCAACUGGACGAGCAGCGCGUUCGAGGCCUUUGUCGCCGAGAUCGCCGAGCUGACCGACCUGCUGGCCGAGCGCGAGGACGCCGUCGCCCGCAAGCUGGACGUGUACCGCGCCGUGUGGAAGCACAUCUUGGACGUCGAGAGGCGCUUCUGGCCCGACGUGAGCGGCCUUGGUGGUGGUGGCGGCGGCGGCGGCGGUGUUCCGGGUUCGUGA